AUGCAGCCAUUGUGGACCGUUCUAGUCCUGCUUCUGCCGCUUGCCAGCGCAGAUGUCAGUCACCUUCAUCACACCGAGUCCGCCGAGACCGUUGAAUCCAAGGAGACCCAGAAGGAUCCAUCCUCGUCGGGCUUUUAUCCCUCCGUGGGACCUGGACUGGCACUGCCGCCGGGCUAUGCCAUUCCCACCGGUGGCAAUGUACCGCCGCCACCUGUCCAGCCGCCCAAUUUCCCGCUGCCCAUCUACCCGCCCUUCUUUGGCUUUGGCGGAGGUCCUGGCGAGCAGGGACCUGGCAUUGGUCCCGUGCCCUCGGCCUAUCCCAACGGUGGUGGACCCUUUCCGGGUGCCGGUCCGCCAAGUGCUGCUAUACAGCAACCUCCAGGGCCUCCUUUUGGCUUUCCGCCUCAGGGAGCUGGAUUCCCAACUCAGGGAGCUGGUUUCCCCCCUCAGGGAGCUGGUUUCCCCCCUCAAGGAGCAGGAUUUCCACCUCAAGGAGCAGGAUUCCCACCCCAGGGAGCUGGUUUCCCCUCUCAAGGAUCCGCAUUCCCACCCCAGGGAGCUGGUUUCCCUCCACAAGGUGCCUUCCCACCUCAAAAUGGACCAUUUCCACCUCAAGGAGUGCCCUUCCCCCCACAAGGAGGACCUGGUGAUGUAUUCCCAGGUGGUCCGUUCCCAGACUUCCUGACCAGCCAGGGUCUACCCUUGGCCAAUGCCCAGGGGCCAUUCCAGGGACCCAGCCCAGGUGGUUUCAAUGUGCCCGUGGGCUUUGGUGGACCCCUGCCCGGGCAGAAUCCCUACCAGCAGUUUGGACCUGGAUUUGGAGGACCGGCGCCGCCAGGCUACUCCGAUGAGCCAGACCCGCAGCCUGGACAGGCGGAGGAGGAGGAGCAGAAGCGGGAGCCGGAGAAGGUGGAGGCACCUUCAGCGCCCGAGGCAGUGCCGGAGGAUGCCAAGAGCGGAGCAGAUACCCUGUACGCAUCGAAUGGAGGCUAUGUCUACCAGAGGGCCCAGUAA